GAAAUCAUGAUUCUCGCAGGCCGCCAGUCUCGCCACGAGAGCAACAUACUCGGCAUCAUACAAAUCUUCCCUUGGGAGGUAUGGCUACUGACCUUCUGUUGCUUUGUGAUGUCUGCAAUCAUGUGGUAUAUCAGUGACUACGUUCACUUCCGACUCAACGCCCAGGAUGGGUCAUUCGACCACGCAGGAAACUUCUUCGGGCGCCUGUGGGUUUUCGUGGAGAACACAUUGCUGGAAGCAUCGCCGGAGGUACCAAGCCGGGUGUCCGCGCGAAUCCUGGUCGGCGGUUACUGGGUGGUGGUGAUUGUGCUCACAACGGCGUUCGCGGGCCAGAUGAAGGCCAUGCUGAUGGUGAGACAGGAGACCAACCGCAUAGACAGCCUCCGGGAUCUGUCGGAGAGACCCACCAUGAAGCCGUACGCACCGGCUGGCAGCGCCGUUAUCUCUUCCAUCAGGGACUCCAGGGACCCUUACUACCAGAAGGUGUGGCAAAUGAUGCAGAAGUUCAAAACGGAUCUUCCUCCGGCCGUCGUCCUGUCCGACAGCUCGAUGCGGGAGAUUAUACACGGAAAGGCGGUGCUCAUUCUGAGCAGACCGACGCUGGCAGCUAGGGCGAACGAGGUGUGCGCAAACUCCAGCGAGGGCGAGUUCUACGUGGGCAGGGUGCCCACCUUCAACUUCAACUCGGUCUUCUACCUCAACAAGCGCAUGCCAGCCCCGCUCAUGAAAUUCAUCAACAGGCGAAUCUUGUGGCUUCGUGACUCCGGCCUGGUGGAAAAGUGGUGGAGGGAGUCCUCGGGAAACUGGGAGGGCUGUGGACAGGCGACCAGCGACGGCACGCUCACGUUCGCAGACUUCAGCGACCUCAUCAAGCUGCUGAUGGCCAUGCUCGCUUGCGCCUUCGCCGUAUGCCUCCUCGAGAUGGCAGCAGGGCGCGGUCUCCGCUGCACACCGCGGCUUCGCCGGUGGAAAACUGAAAUCUAG